AUGGUGAUCGGGCUUUCAAUCCCUCGGCUCUUCAUGAAGAACCAGCCCCGUACGCGAGCUAGCACAAUAGGUCUCGGAAUGGGCGCAAAAUCCUUAGUGAUCAUCCUCUACCAACUGUUAACCGAGCACGUCGCCGCCCUCCGCAAAUGGGGAAGUCUGAAAGCAUACACGAUCCUCAAUGCCCUGGAGAUCGUCUUCUGGGCCGCAGUCGCGGUCUUGACUAUCCAGGCCAAUGUGCAGAUGUGUGUGGCGCCGGGCUGCAUCUUGGGCUGGGGUGUGGCUAUCACGGGUAUCAAUUUGAGUGUUUUGGCGAUCUAUGCGACUGUUUUAUGCUAUCGCGAUUGGAAGCAGUCUAAGGGUUGCGUGAGGUCGGAUGGGUAUAAGAGGGCCCAUGAGUUGAGGAGUAGUAGUCCUGUUCCCAGUGUGUGA